AUGACGGACAUUUCAAGAGAAGAACUCGAUGAGAUCUACGCGUUUGCUGUCCAGUUGGGGCGGAAGGCGGGUAAGAUGCUCAUGGAUGCCGCGCAAUUGAGAAUCGAUGGUGGGAAUGCGUCAGGUGAAGAGAAGGAACAUGUUCAGAAAGAGAAUGCUGUCGAUUUGGUUACGGAGACGGACGAGGAUGUCGAGGCAUUUAUCAAGAAGACAAUAGCUGAGAAGUACCCCAAGCAUACGUUUGUCGGCGAGGAAUCCUAUAGCAAAGGCUCCUCCCGCGACUACCUAAUCGACGCCUCACCUACGUGGUGUGUUGACCCUCUCGACGGAACAGUCAACUAUAUCCACCUGUUUCCCAUGUUCUGCGUGAGCAUCGCCUUCAUACACAAAUCCAAACCGCUCAUUGGCGUCAUAUACGCGCCUUUCACGAACCAAUUCUUCUCGUCCUGCGCUGGUCGCGGCGCCUUCUACAACGAAACCCAACGUCUCCCGCUGGUGCGCAACCCCAUACCACCCAUGCCAGCAAAGGCGCCUAGUGGUUGUGUUUUCUCAUGUGAAUGGGGCAAGGAUAGAAGAGAUACGCCAGAUGGCAAUAUGCAUCGCAAGAUUGAGAGUUUUGUCAAUAUGGCGGCUGAGAUUGGAGGAAGACAGGGAAGAGGAGGCAUGGUUCAUGGAGUUAGAAGUCUAGGAAGUGCCACACUAGAUCUGGCAUAUGUUGCUAUGGGAGCGUUUGAUAUCUGGUGGGAAGGAGGGUGUUGGGAAUGGGAUGUUGCGGCUGGCAUUGCUAUCUUACACGAAGCUGGAGGACUGGUGACAACGGCGAAUCCCCCAGAGGAUGAGGCCAAUGCGCCUAUUGAAGAAGUGAAGCUAGGGAGUCGGUUGUAUUUGGCUAUCAGACCCGCUGGACCAUCGCCGACGGAAACAGGGCGACAGAGUCAAGAAAGGACAGUACGUGAGGUAUGGCGGCGGGUCCGUAAUCUCGACUAUUCGCGACCUGGAGCGUAG